GUAAACAGUGUCUCAUUUUUUUUUCCUUAUCCAAGUGUGGAAUCCCCUUUCAAGAUGAUGAUGUGAUUGUCCUUAAUGGCAGCAAAGAAGAUGUAGAGAUGCUAAAGAAAAGAAUGGAGGAGCGAAGGCUGAAAAGUAAAUUGGGGAAGAAAUCCAAGAAAUCUAAGGCAGCAGAGACCAUUGUGAAACCAGAAGCCGCUGAAGAUUCACAGAGUCCAUCUCAAGUCAAUACUGCAAAGGAUGCUACACAAACUGGAGAAAAGAGAAGCAUUGCCUUCUGCAAGAGUACAGUCAGUGAAAAAGCACCAUCUUUCUCCGAGAAAAGCAUCAAAGGUGCAUCUGAACCUGUGAAGAGGUCCUCUGCAGCCAGUGGGGAGAAAUCAGAAACAUACAAGUCUAUUUUUACUUCCCACAGCUCAGCCAAACGCUCUAAGGAAGAGUCUUCCAAUUGGAUCACACACACCGCAUACUAUUUCUGAAAGAGAAAAUUGUAUGAUUUUGAGUGCCCUCCUGCUUUUUGCCACCUCUUGCUUUCUUUUUAUAGGAGAAGCUUUUGUUAUAGGAAAUAGUGCUUUUUAAACAGCAAAGCAGCUUCAAAAAGAAGCCAACAUAGUUUUAAAGAGGAGAUAUUAAAAACGGUAGCUGAACUUGACUUUAAUUUUGAAAGGACACCUACUUUGAGUAAGUACUCAUCAUAACAUGACUGCUUGAUGUCCUUUUUGAAGUCGGGAACUGUGCUUGAAAUAAGCACAAGUUCUGCUAGGUUCUACUUAAUCUGAAUCGUUAGGCUGCAUCUGAGUGCAUAGGCACAGUUUGUUAUCUUGUAAGUAUUUCCCAUCCAUUUAUCUUAGUAGGAAAUUUCGAAAUUGUGAGUAGAAAGAGAGAGGCGAGGAUUACAUCAUCCUAUUCAGUUUUUGUCUAGAUUUGUAACAGAUGCCACUUGAGACAUUUCCCCAUCCUGUUGUCCAAAUGUGAGAUUAAUUUAAUAGGUCUUAGUCCUGAAGCAGAUUCUUAAAUGAAAUAUCCAAGAAUGUUUCUGGAGGGAUGAGUCACCAUCACACUUUUGCACUCUUUAUUCUACCUUGUUCAUCUUUCGUGAUAUAACUCUUAUUGAUAUAAGAGUUCUUAUAUUGUUGAUUAUUAAAUUAUAACCUUAAUUCUGCAGUUUCUUCAAAAAAAAUUGAGCUAACAGUGUUUUGUAACAUUCUGACACCUUGUAUGUUGAAAUAAAACAAUAAUUGAAUAAUU